CAUCAUACGAGUUUGAAUUCUCGGAUUAUCUUCUUCUCGAUGAUGCAAUAGAUCAUCUUCAAGAUCAGAAUUGGUCGUCGCAACAAAAUAUUGAGUCAAUGGAGGUAAUUGAGGGAGCAAGCCCACCUACUUCUUAUAAUCCUACUCCUACAUCCUCAACCAAUAAAAUCAACAUAAGAUGUAAAAGUUAUUUGGAAGGGGUGAAGAAAGAAAAGAUGGAAGUGGGACAAAGGGUUGCAUUCAGGACCAAAUCGGAGAUGGAGGUGAUGGAUGAUGGGUUUAAAUGGAGGAAGUACGGAAAGAAAUCUGUCAAGAACAGCCCAAAUCCCAGGAAUUAUUACAAGUGCUCGAGUAGAGGAUGCCACGUUAAGAAGAGAAUAGAAAGGGAGAGAGAUGAUCCGAGGUACGUGAUCACAACAUAUGAAGGAACUCACAAUCAUGAGAGCCCUUAUGUCGUCUAUUGCAAUAAAAUGCCCCUUAUGCUCCCUACUUUACAAAUCGCUCCUCUCCAUUCUUCUUCUUCUUCUUGAAAUUUUAUAUUUACAACCUCUUUCCUACUAAAAAUAAAUCAAAGUUUACAUUCCUACUAAUACUCUAAUAUUGCACUACCUAUUGUUAUAUAGAUAUUUAUAUACAUGUAUAUAAAAUAUAUAAAUUUCUAAUCUCAAACUUUUUCAAAAAUUUUAUUUUUGAGGAUAUAUUGGUGUAAAU